CUCACUUACCACAUUCCACCACAGCCUCGAUCAUUCACAGCAAUACCACCUCCACUUCACGACAUCAAUUGAUCGUCCCAGCACAGCAGCUGACAUGGCAUCCCAAGUCGUCGAGGCCCACCGCGCCGCGGCAGCGAUCGUGCGCGGCGACGACGCGGCCUGCAGGAAGAAGUCGGUGGAGGCGUUGGAGGAGCUGGGCCUGCCCACAGGGAUCCUUCCCCUCGAGGACUUGGAGGAGUUCGGGUACAACCGUGAGGCCGGCUUCAUGUGGCUGGUGCAGAGGAAGAAGAAGGAGCACACCUUCAAGAAGGUCAAGCAGACUGUCUCCUACGCCACCGAGGUCACCGCCUUCGUCGAGCCGGGGAAGCUCAAGAAGAUCGUUGGCGUCAAGACCAAGGAGCUCUUCAUCUGGCUCUCCGUCGUGGAGGUGUACGUCGAGGCGUCGGCUCCCGGCAAGGUCACCUUCAAGACCGGCGCCGCGGGGCUCUCUGAGACCUUUGAUGCGGCUGCCUUCGCCCUGGGAGAGUGAGGAUAUAUCGGAAGGAGGCAUAUGUCUGCGUUGUUCUGCCCGGUGUGAAUGCAGUGUUCUUCAGUCAGUAGUCACGAGUUAAUUCUGCUGCAGAUGCAGAAGCUUUGUGCCUGGUGUUAGCUCUUGUGAUGCUUGUAAGCUCUUUUUCCUGUUCCUUUUUUGAAUGAAUAAGAUCUCAGUUCCUAAAAAAA